GCCUGAAUGGUUCUUUCAGCGAGGCCCUGUCCCUGCUCCAGCAUCUGUAAUGAGCUCCUGUCUUCCUCCCACACUGGGACCUGAACCGCCAAACCGCACCUACGAGCAAAGAGUAGGCGCUCCAUAAAUACUUGUUGAGACGGCAGAGGGCGCGUGUUCGCCGCCGGGAAAGCGGAAGCGCGUGUGCGCGCACCGUCGAGGGGGCGGGACACGCGGUCAGUCUCGCGAUAACUGCGCAGGCGCGGACUAGAGCGCUCUUUCCUGAGGAUCCGGCAAGAUGGCAGAAGUAGAGCAGAAGAAGAAGCGGACCUUCCGCAAGUUCACCUACCGCGGCGUGGACCUGGACCAGCUGCUGGACAUGUCCUACGAGCAGCUGAUGCAGCUGUACAGUGCGCGCCAGCGGCGGCGGCUGAACCGGGGCCUGCGGCGGAAGCAGCACUCCCUGCUGAAGCGCCUGCGCAAGGCCAAGAAGGAGGCGCCGCCCAUGGAGAAGCCGGAAGUGGUGAAGACGCACCUGCGGGACAUGAUCAUCCUGCCCGAGAUGGUGGGCAGCAUGGUGGGCGUCUACAACGGCAAGACCUUCAACCAGGUGGAGAUCAAGCCCGAGAUGAUCGGCCACUACCUGGGCGAGUUCUCCAUCACCUACAAGCCCGUAAAGCACGGCCGGCCCGGCAUCGGGGCCACUCACUCCUCCCGCUUCAUCCCUCUCAAGUAGUGGCUCAGCUAAUAAAGGUGCACAUGACUCCA